CAAAUAACAACUGGUGAAGGAAGACUCAGUUUCCUAUCAUUAAACAAUCGUUGACGUCUAAAUUUGUAUUAUAUAAGGAUGCUCUGAAUAUUCCUAGCAUUCUUCUGAUCAGACUCGAGCCAGUUUAAGCAUUUCAUAUAUAUAUAGCAAUAGGGUCUCGGCUCUUUAGCUAAAUAGUGUAGUUUUGUGAGACUCUGUAUGUGCAGGCAAAAGGUCAAGAUGGGUCUUUUUGGUUCUUCUUUAUCUUCUUCUUUGAUCGCAGUUAUUUUGGUUUUGAGUUUAGCAGUGGUGUGUCAUGGAGGAAAGACCAGUUCUUUUGUCAGAAAAGUUGAGAAGACUAUUGACAUGCCUCUUAAUAGCGAUGUCUUUAAAGUCCCACCUGGUUAUAAUGCACCUCAACAGGUACAUAUAACACAAGGAGACCAUGUGGGAGAGGCAAUGAUUAUAUCAUGGGUGACUGUGGAUGAACCGGGUUCCAGUAAAGUGGUCUUUUGGAGUGAAAACAGCAAGGAAAAGAGACAUGCCGAAGGCAAAGUUACUACCUAUAAGUACUACAAUUACAAGUCUGGUUUCAUUCAUCACACAACCAUCAGAAACUUGAAGUUCAACACCAAAUACUACUAUGUGGUUGGGAUUGGGCACACUACUCGGCAGUUCUGGUUUGUAACUCCACCUGAAGUUGGCCCUGAUGUGCCUUAUACAUUUGGUCUUAUUGGGGAUCUUGGUCAGAGUUAUGAUUCAAAUAGGACACUUACUCAUUAUGAGUUAAACCCACAGAAAGGGAAAACAGUGCUGUUCGUUGGGGACCUCUCUUAUGCAGAUAACUAUCCAAAUCAUGACAAUAAUAGGUGGGAUUCAUGGGGAAGAUUUGCUGAGAGAAGUGUUGCUUAUCAACCAUGGAUAUGGACUGCAGGGAAUCACGAGAUUGACUAUGAGCCAUCAAUUGGAGAAACCAAGCCUUUUAAGCCUUACAGUCACCGUUAUCAUGUGCCUUUUAAAGCUUCAAAUAGUACAGAACCCUUUUGGUAUUCAAUCAAGAGAGCUUCAGCUUACAUCAUUGUCUUGUCCUCAUACUCCGCAUAUGGUAAAUAUACCCCUCAAUACAAAUGGCUUGAAGAGGAACUACCAAAAGUUAACCGGACUGAGACACCUUGGUUGAUUGUUCUAAUGCAUUCCCCUUGGUAUAACAGCUACAACUAUCAUUUUCUGGAGGGUGAAACCAUGAGAGUAAUGUAUGAGGCAUGGUUUGUGAAGUACAAAGUUGAUGUGGUGUUUGCUGGUCAUGUUCAUGCUUAUGAACGAUCUGAACGUGUAUCCAACAUUGCAUACAAUGUUGUAAAUGGUAUUUGCACUCCUAUAAAGGAUCAAUCAGCGCCUGUAUAUAUAACCAUUGGCGAUGGAGGCAAUCUUGAAGGCUUAGCAACCAAUAUGACGGAACCACAGCCACCAUACUCAGCUUAUCGUGAGGCUAGUUUUGGUCAUGCCAUUUUUGACAUUAAGAACCGAACCCAUGCGUACUAUAGUUGGCACCGUAAUCAAGAUGGAUAUGCAGUGGAAGCAGAUACUAUGUGGUUUUUCAACAGAUACAAUCAUCCAGUUGAUGAUUCCACAAGUACCCAAUCAUGAUGAAACUAAUAACUAUCGAAUUCUCUUUGGAAUAUUUUCUCUCAUAAUUUUUUUCCUUGAAUAAACGAUCUCAUAUAGUUGAUUCUCAAUAAUAGUUACUACUUUUUCUUCAGCAUUUUAUUGUUCCA